AUGAGCGCGAUGCGCCUCUUGCUUCUCGCCGUGCUCGUCUCCUUCUCGUUUGCCCGCGCCGGCUGCGAGCCCAAGAUCGUCAAUAUCGGCGCGGUGCUGAGCACCAAGAAACAUGAGCAGGUCUUCCGCGAGGCCAUCAACCAGGCCAACAAGCGCCAUGGCACCUGGAAGAUCCAGCUCAACGCCACCUCCGUCACGCACAAGCCCAACGCCAUCCAGAUGGCCCUGUCCGUCUGCGAGGAUCUUAUCUCCAGCCAGGUCUAUGCCAUCUUAGUGAGCCACCCACCAGCUCCCAAUGACCACCUAACACCAACGCCUGUGUCAUACACAGCCGGCUUCUAUAGAAUCCCUGUUAUUGGGCUGACAACACGCAUGUCUAUAUAUUCAGAUAAGAGUAUCCACUUGUCUUUCUUGCGCACUGUCCCCCCCUAUUCCCACCAGUCCAAUGUCUGGUUUGAAAUGAUGCGUUAUUAUAAGUGGAACCACAUUAUUCUCAUUGUCAGCGAUGAUCACGAGGGGCGGGCGGCGCAAAAGAAACUAGAGACCCUCUUGGAGGAAAAAGAAUCCAAGAGUAAAAAAAGGAACUAUGAAAACCUCGAACAACUAUCCUAUGACAACAAGCGAGGACCCAAGGCUGAGAAAGUGCUUCAGUUUGAACCUGGAACAAAAAACGUGACUUCGCUGCUGCUGGAAGCUAAGGAACUGGAGGCCCGAGUUAUUAUCCUCUCUGCGAGUGAGGAUGAUGCUACAACUGUGUACACAUCGGCAGCCAAAGAAAACAUGACUGGCCCAGGCUAUGUGUGGUUGGUAGGGGAAAGGGAGAUCUCAGGCAAUGCUCUGCGUCAUGCACCAGAAGGGUUAAUUGGUUUGCAGCUCAUGAAUGGGAAGAAUGAGUCUGCACACAUCAGAGAUGCAGUGGCUGUGGUGGCCCAGGCCGUGCAUGACUUGUUUGAGAAAGAGAACAUUACAGAUCCACCAAGAGGCUGCGUGGGAAAUACCAACAUCUGGAAGACGGGACCUCUGUUCAAGAGAGUGCUGAUGCAGACCAAGUAUGCAGAGGGUGUGACUGGCCGGGUGGAGUUCAAUGAAGAUGGAGACCGGAAAUAUGCCAAUUACAGUGUCAUGAACCUACAGAACAAUAAACUGGUGCAAGUUGGAGUAUACAAUGGUAGCCACUUCCUGCCCAAUGACCGCAAGAUCAUCUGGCCUGGAGGAGAAACUGAGACACCACAGGGCUAUGAAAUGUCUACAAAAUUAAAGAUUGUCACAAUCCACCAAGAGCCCUUUGUCUAUGUGAAACCAACACUGGCAGAUGGAAAGUGCAAAGCACUGCUCAACAGUACUGGGGGGCUAGUGCAACAGGUCCUCUGCACUGGGCCAAAUGAGACUAUGCCAGGACGCCCCAGUGUCAUGCUGUGUUGCUAUGGCUUCUGUAUCGACUUACUGAUCAAGCUUGCUAAGACAAUGAAUUUCACCUACGAAGUUCACCUUGUAGGCGAUGGUAAAUUUGGAACGCAAGAGAGGGUGAACAACAGCAACAAGAAAGAGUGGAAUGGGAUGAUGGGGGAGCUUCUGAGUGGCCAAGCUGACAUGAUUGUGGCCCCGCUGACUAUCAACAAUGAGCGAGCACAAUACAUUGAAUUCUCCAAGCCUUUCAAAUACCAGGGACUCACCAUCUUGGUCAAAAAGGAAAUUCCCCGCAGCACCUUGGACUCAUUCAUGCAACCAUUCCAGAGCACUUUGUGGCUUUUGGUGGGGCUCUCGGUGCAUGUGGUAGCUGUGAUGUUGUAUCUCCUCGACAGGUUCAGCCCAUUUGGCCGGUUUAAAGUGAACAGUGAGGAAGAAGAAGAGGAUGCCCUGACACUCUCUUCUGCUAUGUGGUUCUCCUGGGGAGUCCUCCUGAACUCUGGCAUUGGAGAAGGAGCUCCCCGGAGUUUCUCGGCUCGAAUUCUCGGAAUGGUGUGGGCUGGAUUUGCCAUGAUUAUUGUGGCCUCAUAUACUGCCAAUCUGGCUGCCUUCCUGGUGUUGGACAGACCUGAAGAACGAAUCACAGGCAUCAAUGAUCCUAGGUUGAGAAACCCCUCGGAUAAAUUCAUAUAUGCUACAGUGAAGCAAAGUUCGGUGGACAUUUACUUCCGCCGUCAGGUGGAGCUGAGCACCAUGUACCGCCACAUGGAGAAACACAAUUAUGAGAGCGCUGCAGAAGCUAUCCAGGCUGUCAGGGAUAACAAGCUCCAUGCAUUCAUCUGGGAUUCAGCAGUGCUAGAAUUUGAAGCCUCUCAGAAGUGUGACCUGGUGACAACAGGGGAGCUUUUCUUCCGCUCUGGUUUUGGCAUCGGGAUGCGCAAGGACAGCCCUUGGAAGCAGAACGUCUCCCUGGCCAUCCUCAACCUCCACGAGAAUGGCUUCAUGGAAGAGCUUGACAAGACUUGGGUGAGGUAUCAGGAGUGCGAUUCCCGUAGCAAUGCCCCAGCAACACUCACCUUUGAGAAUAUGGCAGGUGUAUUCAUGCUGGUGGCUGGAGGUAUUGUGGCCGGGAUAUUUUUAAUAUUCAUAGAAAUAGCUUACAAAAGGCAUAAAGACGCCCGGAGGAAGCAGAUGCAACUGGCGUUUGCAGCAGUUAAUGUGUGGCGGAAAAACCUGCAGGAUAGAAAAAGUGGUAGAGCAGAACCAGACCCUAAAAAGAAAGCCACUUUUAGGUCCUUCACCUCUACCCUGGCCUCCAGCUUCAAGAGACGUAGGUCCUCCAAAGACACGCAGUAUCAUCCCACCGACAUCACGGGGCAGCUCAACCUCUCCGACCCCUCGGUCAGCACCGUGGUGUGA